AUUUUACACACUGAAUUGAAAACGGAUAUUACCGACUUGCAUUAUUUUAGCAAGCAAGCAGGCGACGGUGAAGUAGGAAACAAGAAAGGAGGAGAAGGAGGAGGAGAUCUCUCUGUCGCCUGCAUCUGCUUUUUCGGAUCCCAGAAAACGUAUGCGAAAUCCAGAAUUCCCAUCUCCUUUUGAAGAUAGACAAGAUAUGGCGGCAUCAGGAGCACGCACUGCAUGGCAGCGUAGAGCAAACUGUUGUUUUGUCCAAGAAGAUGCGUGGAGCGCGCCAAAAUUUUCUUCCUGCCCGUCGUCAUCUUCCUCAAAAGCAGAAUCUGAUAUUGCACCCGAGAACCUCAAACCAGAUUGCAUGCCUUACAACCCAAAUCCUGAACUAGCACCCAACACCAAGUGGUGGUUGAACCUGGAACCCAACUGUGGGCUGCAGAAGGAGUUUACGUAUGAACAGCUAGCAGUCCUGGAGGCUGAACUUGAAGUUUUGAAUUCUGGAUUCGUUCAUAAAACUCCGAUCAUAAGUGACUAUUACCAGUCUAACGGGGUUUUGGGUACUCAAAUUGAUAUGAAGAAUAGUGCUAAUUCUUUUGUUGAGAAGCCGUGCCAGGUUUCUGUCACUUGUACAAAAAGUGACCAGAAUAAAGGAAUGCAAGAGCUCAAUGCUGGAAUUGGGAAUGAUCCACAAGUUCCUAAGCAAAAGGACUCGGGCGAGUUUUGGUACUCAGAUGAUCAUCUCUUGAACUUGGAUUCUUUGAACUGCUUGAGCUCUGAGGAACCCAAGAAAAUGUCUUCCAGUUUGGAAUCCCAGUGGGUGGGAACUCAGAAAACUGAACCGUGGUGGCGCUCUGCAGGUAAAGAUGAGUUGGCUUCCUUGGUUGCUCAGAAGUCACUGGAACAUAUUGAGAAUUGUGAUCUCCCGCGGCCCCAGGUUAAGCAUCGUAGGAAGGGUCCCUCUGCUUUCGACCCUAAUUCAGCCAUGGAUCAGAUGGCUGAAAUGGCGUUCUCCAAUAUGGACACUUAUACAUGGGGAAGCUUUACUUCUGGUCACUCAACGCACGAGUCUUGCAGUCCUUUAAGCAAGGAUGAGGUGCAAACCCAAAAGAAUUCAGAAGACAAUCGAACCAAAGCCGAGCUGUUGGAAGCUUUGUGCCACUCUCAAACACGAGCUAGGAACGCAGAAAAAGCAGCAAAGCAAGCCCAUACAGAGAAGGAACACAUAAUCACUCUGUUUUUGAAGCAGGCCUCGCAACUCUUUGCUUACAAGCAGUGGCUGCAAUUGCUGCAGCUCGAGAACUUCUGCCUGCAGCUCAAUAACAAGGACCAACCAUGGUCCCGUCACAAAGGCAGGCACAUGAAGAAGGGUCAGCGCAGGGCCGGAAAACGGGGCGGCAGACCAAGGUGCGAAAUUAACACGGGCGUUGUUGCAUUCGCAGUGGGAUUGGGUCUUGCCGGGGCAGGUUUGCUCCUCGGAUGGACGAUGGGAUGGUUGUUUCCAACGGUUUGAACUGUUCUUCAUGCUUAGCUUACCUCCAAGUGCGCAUCAACUUGUUUUUAGAUUUGUUAAUCUUGUAAAUACAACUCACUUGAUUAAGAGCGUUCUCUCUUUGCAUCCGAGGUCUGUUCGUAUCCAAAAAACUUGUAGGUACAAUAAUUAGUGUUUUUGUCUUUACAUAAGAUGUAAUUAUGCAGAAUUUAAGGGGAAUAUCUCUAAUAUAAUCAAUAUUUACUCCUUAA